AUGACUAUCGAUUACUAUCAGAUAUUAGGCAUUUCCCCGACUAAUGAUCCGCAAGCGAUACGUAAAGCUUACAAACAACUGGCCCUUCGCUAUCAUCCGGACAAGAAUCAGACCGAAGGCGCCGAAGAACAGUUCAAACAGAUCCUGAAAGUUAAUGAGAAGCUCUUCCAGAGAGCUGUCUCUAACCUAACCCGUUCCCGCACCCGAGGCACCGGUAGUAGUAGUCAAGCUAAGCCGCCAACACCGAAACAACAACAGCGGCGGUCACCGAAAAAACGACAACAACAACACCGGUCACCGAAACCACAAUAUUGGUCACCGAAACAACAGCAACGGUCACCGAAACCACAAUAUUGGUCACCGAAACAACAGCGGCGGUCACCGAAACCACAAUAUUGGUCACCGAAACAAAAGCGGCGGUCACCGAAACCACAAUAUUGGUCACCGAAACAACAAGAAGAGGGGUCACCGAAACAACAGCGGUCACCGAAACCACAAUAUUGGUCACCGAAACAAAAGCGGCGGUCACCGAAACCACAAUAUUGGUCACCGAAACAACAAGAAGAGGGGUCACCGAAACCACAAUAUUGGUCACCAAAACAACAUCGGCGGUCACCGAAACAACAGCGGACACCGAAACCACAAUAUUGGUCACCGAAACAACAGCGGCGGUCACCGAAACCAGAAUAUUGGUCACCGAAACAACAGCAACGGUCACCGAAACACCAGCAAAUGUCACCGAAACCACAAUAUUGGUCACCGAAACAAAAACAGCGGUCACCGAAACAACAAGAAGAGGGGUCACCGAAACAACAGCGGCCGACAAUAACACCAACAACAAAGACAUCGACUCUGAACAACAUCUACGUUAGGAUCUAUGUGUCCGCUGAUGAACUGAUUGCCGGUACUGUCAAACAGGUGACAUACAAGCGUACAGUUAGCCGCAAAAAUGUUAUGAUGGUCGAUACGGUGGCCACUCUUACUGUCCAACCGCGCACAGUAGCCGGUAGCCUAGUAACAUUGGCCGGAUUGGGGCAUCAAUCAGUUACGGCUGCUGCUGCUCCGGGCGAUCUUAUAUUUAUUAUCAAAAAAUCGUUGUCUUCCUCCUCCUCCUCAUCAGCGGAAAGUCAUAAUUAUUUUGAUAGCCAACAAUUUGAUGGCCGACGCCAACAGCUAUUCAAGUAUGUGUACGUAACCUUCGAGGAAGUGGAUACCGGUGCCCGAAAACAGGUAAACUAUCAGCGCUGGCUCUAUAAUACCCGACAAUACCCCCCGAUCAGUUCAAAUAAUAAUCAGCCGAAAUUGGUCGACGCCGUGAUUACCGUUACCAUUCCGACGGGAUGCCAGUCGGGUACAACAAUCACCUGUCCAGGUGCUGGCCAUCAAACUAGUGAUGCCGAUAGUGGCUCCUUAGUCGGUGACCUAAGCUGUGUGGUCAUACAUAUACGGCCUCCGCAGCCGUGA